AUGGAGAAGCGACUGCGCAAGAGAGCCCCCAUCUCGUGCCUUACUUGCAAAAAGCGGAAAGUCCGCUGUGACAAAAAGAGACCGUGCAGCGGAUGUGUAAAGAAUAACGUUGGCCACUUGUGUGUCUAUGUGGAGCCUACGUGGGUCGAUGACGAGGUCAGGAAGGCUGCUGAAGAUCAAGAUGUCAAGCUUAAGGCCGAAUUCGUCAGACCAGAAUACACCGGAGGCAAAGCAGGAACUCAUAAGCCCAAAAGCACUGCCCCGGUGGUGCCAUCCUACUCGCUUCUGGGCGAUGCAGCCGCUUCGGCGAUAUCGAUCUUGAGAAAGCUUGACACAACUGACACACAGACCCUGACGCCAGAGGUCUUGGACGACAACUUUUACUCGCUCAAGGGCUUCCGAUACCUGAAAAAGAGCAAAUGCUCUGAGUCCUUCGUUGCUAAGCUCUAUUCAUGGCUCAACAUCAUCAAGCUUGAUCCGCAGCUAACAGGGCUCUGGUACAAAAUCACGAACCUACAAAAAUCCUAUCACAUGUACAAGACUAGUUUGCUCACGAAAUACCCCAAGUCAGAGCGUGCUGUCUACGGAGACAAUGGAUGCCCCAUGUCUGGUGCUUCUCAUGAGCAUGGACCCUCGUGUGGCCAUCUUCAAUGCCCUGUGGUGGCCUGUGAGUUCAACCUCAUGGUGGAGGAGACUUCGAACAAGGUGGGAACGCCGAUGAGCCGCUCACAAAGUGCAAAGAUUAAGAAUGAGAGCUCGGACUCUUCUAGUCGUGGCAACAAUCCCUCGACAGUUAUUUCACAACUCCAGAAAUUAUGGUUGGAGUUGAUAAGUUACGGUCGUGGUCUGGAACAGAUGAACUUCGACCAGCUUGUCUACUUGAUCAAUUUUUAUCUAAAUCUCUCUAACGCACCAGCUGCGGUACUGCUGUACGAGCUCGAGUCCCGAGACCUUUUUCGAUUUUACCGUGACGACAUUCUAGACCUUUUCAAGAGGAAUGGUAACGAUGCAAUGCUAGAUCUAAGUGGCCUUGAUUCCCAAAUGAGCGAGGCGGAGGUGAUCUCAUUCGCUAAAUUGAAGGGAAUAUACCUUUGUAUGCUAGGUCUCAUGGUCGAAGAGUCUCUUGAUAUCUUGAGACUGAGAAGUGGCGGGCAAGAUGAGAUCCUGAACAUGUUUCAUCAGGUUUUCCCUCUAGAAGCAGUGCAUCAAGGUUUGGGAUAUAAGAGGACCUCCGUGCACGACUCCAUACGUGACUUCCUCGAGUUUCUUGCUCCCCAAUCAUACUCCACUGAAUUCUGCAGUCUGUUGCCAUGCCUUGCUGUCUUCAUGGGCUUUCUAAACAGGUGCAUCGCUCUUUACAUAAAGCCCGGAAUCACAGGGGAUGUGCGUCUGAGCUUCACAUCCAUACUUGCAAGAAUGCUUGACAUGCUAGAUAGAGACGACAGCAGGCUACGUCUUUGGGCUGACCCAACUUAUGUGCGUUUCAACGGUGCCAACAUGUCCGAUGUUAGACAAAAAGAGCUUAGACUUCACUUGAGUCAUUUGUGGGUGGACUUUAUGAGAAUUAUUAAUCAUGUCACAUUCAGCACAGUUCCCAUCCUUCGUCAUUCUGACAAGCUUGAUAAGCAAAUUGAGAGUUAUUUUGAGAACAUACAUGAGGCCGCUGAGAACCAAGACCACCUCAAAUAUGUUUCCAAGCAAAAGGCUGACCCAAGCGACGACCAGAUUUCCGAGCUUUUGGCAUCUCUACAUGUUUAUUAUUUGAGCUCAAAAAUCUUUUUAUUUCUUCGCAAGAGUACAUGUCGUCUGUCUGGCUCAAAUGUUACAAUUAGUGAUUUGCAAAGGUUGACUAAGGAGAUAGCCGCUUGGAUCGAAGACAUGUCCCUCACAAAAUUAAGAAUGUCGAGAUAUUUUGAAGUCAGAAGUAUGUUCCAAUAUUUAGACUUCUACAUUUCGUUCAUCAUAUUCUUGCAGUGUGAAGAGGAACUAGACUAUGAUUCGAUGUGCAAGAUUUUACCACUUUUGUUCUCCAAAGGUUUGGACUUGAUUAACUUCUUGCAAGAGAGUGUGAAGCAGUUUUCGAAGAACACAGGGUCACAAUACAUUCUUGGUGCCGUCGCAGAGAUCUUGUCACGGGUGUCCCAUCUCAAUGUGGGCCUUCUCAUACGCUUCAAGAGAGACGAGAGUGGAGAUGGAAUUGACUCCAAUGAAACCCCUGCGCCGUCCUCUCUUGUUUACACAGCUCCUUCAGAGAAUGCCAAACCCUUUACAAUCCCGGUACAACAAAAAGAGCAACUCAUUAUGGCAACAGACUCUGUUUUAAUGCUUCUAGAGAGCCUGUUAAAUCGUGAAACAUUUAGUCGUGUUUCCAAAAUGUGGAAGUUUUACAUGACGUUUGUUCGAAAUUCACACCGGAUGAACCCAGCUGCCUAUGCCAGAAUUCAUGCUGAUGUUUUCAAAUCCGGAAAGCUUAUGGACACUUGCCCUGUUUUGCCAAGUCCAGCGAAAGUCGCCUCCACCUCAGAUCGCAAGAGUAGUACCGCUACGUCCGGUGGAUGUCCAUUCCCACUCCAAAAUAACAGUUUCGAGCCUUUUGAGCCAUUUUCCAACCCUUCAAGAUCUCUGUUCUCAAGGCAGAGCUCUACAGUGGAACAGAACUCUCCACAAGCACAGAUCAAAAACGAACCGACUUCCCCCUUUAACGACUCACGAAAGCGAAGGUGUCCAUUCAAUCACGAAGCAAUGAGAGGCGCUGGUAAAGCUCCAAGCUUCAACGAAAGCAAUAUUAGAAGAAGCCCAAGUAUUGAUGGACCUCCACCCACAGAGAAUCAUAUCAUCAAGAGACCUCUGCCUAGGCCCUCUACGAACGGUUUCCCCUUAAUGAUGCCUGCUCCUCCAAUGUCCAUCCCACCCAUGCCGAUGGCCUCUCCUAGUCCGACCCAAAGGUCAAACACCUUGCUCAAGGUAGCUUUGGCAACGGGUCUCCUAGGAGGAACCUUGUAUGCUACUAGCGAUACCUUCCGUGAUUCGGUCAAGCACAUAUACUACACCUCUAAACGUGUUGGUGUGGUUACUGUGGCCACAACAAGGUGUUUCAAUAUCUAUGUCAAUGUCCUCGGGAAGGACUUCGAUGACCAGCAAGAACGCAGUAAAGCCCUCUCGGAAGCUCAUCUUAAGGCUGCUAAGAUCACCCUCAAAGCUUUAGAGAAAAAUGGUGGUGUCUACAUUAAACUUGGUCAGCACGUAUCCGCCUUGACAUACUUGCUUCCUCGAGAGUGGACUGACACAAUGAUUCCACUUCAAGAUAGAUGCCCACGUUCCUCAAUCGAAGAAAUCCAGGAGAUGUUUCUCGCCGAUGAGGGUAUGCCUCUCGAUGCCAUGUUCAGCGAGUUUGAUCCCGAACCAGUGGGCGUGGCAUCAUUGGCACAGGUUCACAUUGCGAGAUUGAAAGGCUCUGGCGAAAAGGUAGCAGUCAAAGUUCAGCACCCUUCCCUUGCGGAGUUCGUACCCUUGGACAUAUACAUGACGCGGACAGUCUUCGAUUUGAUGUACAAGGUGUUUCCUGAGUACCCAAUGACAUGGCUUGGUGACGAAAUGCAAAACUCCAUAUAUGUCGAGUUGGAUUUCGUUAACGAAGCGAGAAAUGCUGAAAAGACAGCCAAAUAUUUCGAGAAGUACAAAAAAGAUACUGCUUUGCGGAUUCCAAAAGUCAUAUCUGCGAACAAGCGUAUCCUUGUCAUGGAAUUCGUCGCUGGCGCCAGACUUGACGACUUGAAGUACAUCAAGAAGAACAACAUCAACACUGCGGAAGUCUCAUCUUGUCUUUCCCAUAUAUUCAACAACAUGAUUUUUCUCCCCGAUGCUGGAUUACAUUGCGAUCCACAUGGCGGCAAUCUCGCAAUCAGGAAGGUGUCCAAAUCCGAGAGCGGAAGCGGGCACAACUUUGAGAUUGUCCUCUAUGACCAUGGCCUCUACCGCUACAUUCCCCUAGAGAUGAAGCGUGACUAUGCCCAUUUGUGGUUGGCGAUUUUAGACAACAAUAUUCCUGAGAUGAAAUACUACGCCGAGAGAGUGGCACACGUGAAGGGCCAGCGGAAAUUUCAGAUCUUUGCCGCUGCAAUUACUGGAAGAGAUCCAGAUACUGCUUUGAAUUACGAUAUUUCAAAAUCCAGAGACUUGAGCGAGGUAGAGAACAUGCAGCAUCAAUUGCACUCCGAAGAAGGCGUUCUCGAGGACUUGAUGGAUGUCUUGAGUAAUAUGCCUCGUAUGGUUUUAUUGAUCUUGAAAACUAAUGAUUUGACGAGGAAUCUUGACGAGAACUUGGACAAUCCCUUAGGACCAGAGAGAACAUUUUUGAUUUUGGCAAACUAUUGCGCCAAAGUUGUUUACGAGGAGAGCAAAGAAAAAGAUAACCAGGCCUACAAAUCAUAUUCGUUAGCCUGGAUCUACCAUAGACUCACAAGCUGGCUCGCCUACGAGAGAAGAAAGAGUGCUUUGUUUUUCUACGACAUAUUCAUGCUCUUCAGAAAUCUCAGAAAGCACCUCACAUCAUAG